CUCUGAUAACUGAUAACAGCGAGUUUACGAAACGAAAAUUUCAUACCGUGAUACAUUGAUAAAAUCAAAAUAACCAAAAGUCGUGAACAUCAGUAGACAGUAGUUUUUAGUAUUACAUUUUUACAAUUUUGUCGUUUUUUUUUUUUUUGUGUGUUCAAACUUCAAUCGAAAUUUGUAUUUCGUCCAUAACAGGUAGAUGAGCAUUUUUUUUAGCAUCAGUGUCUGUGUUUGAAAGUCAAAGGACAUGAUCCCAUGAUAAAUAUCCGGUGAUUUGAGAUUUAUUUAUUUACAAAAUAACAAAUCUAAUCAUUGAUUUACUGUAUUGUGGUAAGAGGUGUUAUGCAGUAAAAAAUGUCGAACAACAGCAUUUCAAUAUACAAAUUCAAACCAUUUCAGUUCACUACACUAAAAAAAAAUUCCGAUCCACAGCUACAUCCAUUAGCUAGAAGUGGACAUCGUGUGGUGUGCAAUAGUGCCUAUUUAUUCUCGUAUGGAGGCUUCAACCCUCAAAAUAGUGUUAGACGAGAUAAUUUGCUUCGUACUCGAGUAUCAUCCGCCAUGCGAGAGCUUUGGAAGUAUAGUUUUGAUUUAGCUGAAUGGAAAAUAAUUAAGUGCCAGAAUGUUCCUCAAGAAUUAGCAUCUAGUUCAGUUUCACUAUCGGGUAACAUAAUCAUUAUAUAUGGAGGUACUGGAGUUCCAUUUGGAGCAUUUUGUAGCAAUCGCAUGUAUUUGGCCAAUUUAGCCAAUGAGUAUAAAGAAAAUGGAAUGGUUUUUGAAGAGUUAGAAGUGUCUGGAGAUGUUCCAUUACCAUUGUAUGGACAAGGUGUCGUAAUGGAUGGUAAAUAUAUUUAUUCAAUUGGUGGUACAUCUGGUUACGAAUAUGAGAUGGAUGUUCAUCGAUUUGAUCUAAGCACAAAAAAAUGGGAGUUGUUACAUAAGUCACUUGGAGAAGGUCAGGAACCUGAACCUAGAUAUCGACAUGAAGUGGUAUGCUAUAAGGAUAGAAUAUACAUAUUCGGUGGAGGACGAGGUGGUACAAGGAAUAUUUACUAUGGUUUUUCGAAAAUCCAUAUGUUUGACUUGGCUACUAGACAAUGGCAAUUUCUUCCGGCCAAACAUGACCACAGGGUGCCAAAACCCGGUUAUCCAAAUAACCGAAGCUGCCAUAGCUGUGUUCAGUGUCCUGAGAAUCCUAAUUUGGUGUAUAUAUGUGGUGGUUUUGAUGGUUUUCAAUCCUUUAAAGAUGUUUGGCGUUUUGAUUUCGAUACAUUGCAGUGGGAAAAACUUACCAAGUGUAUAAUGCCUCGGCCAGUAUACUUUCAUUCAACUGCUGUAACUCCUUCUGGUCGUAUGUGUUGUUAUGGUGGCAUAAUUUCCGAAGACGAUAUAGAUGCUAGAGGUGGCCGUUCAAAUGAUAUAACCUGUGCAUGGAUUAUAAUACCCAAAUUGAAAGUUAUAUGUUGGGAAGCAAUGAUUCAUUAUUUCAAAGAUCAGAUGUUUGAAUCUAGUGAUGAGAGUCUAAAGAAAAUUGGUUUACCUCAAGAAUUCUAUGAACGAAUAAUUGAAGCACGUAGAGUUUGUUAAUUAAGUUGAUUUUAAAAUAAAUGUCUUCAUUAAAGUUUUCUAGAAUAUUAAUUUUGUUAAUAUUAUAUAAAUAUUUUUGAUGAAUUUAUAAAAUCUUGUAUGGUUUUUAAUGUCAAUUGUAUAAUUGUAUUACAUGUAUUACAUCACUAUGAAAUUUAUCAAAAAGUGGUUUUAUAACCAUAAAAUAUGUAAUUUAAUGUUUUAAACAUUUUUACAAUCAUUUUUAUUAUUGCUUAUUUUUAUUUUAUUGUUAAGAAUCAAAAAAAAAAAAAAUACUAGGUAUAAAUUGUAAUUUGUAUAAAUCUGACCUAAGCUGACUAAACUCAUCAACAUUAUUAUUGUAAUUUUAUUAUUAACAUAAAUCAUAAUAUAUGUAUUCAAAACUAUUGUGGUUGAUGUAUUCUUAUAAUAUGUGUUAUAAUAAAAUUGAUUUUCAACAAU